AUGGUGGCUCCAGUGACUGCUCCACCGACUGAGCAAGAGACUGAGCUGUAUUGCUCAACAACAAUAUCAUAUCUCUACCGGAGAAGGAACGAAGACUUCGACAAGAAUUCACCUAAAUUGGUUCCUUCUCCGGAAGCUGCUUUUUCUUCUAAUACUUCCAAAGAAGCUACUGAUCUUCUUACAUGGAAGGACAGCCUUCAAAAUGACUCCCAAUCUCACUUAUCAUCAUGGAAUCCUUCAGUUUCUUCUUCCAAUCUAAACCCAAGUAGGAAUCCAUGCAAUAAUUGGCUUGGUAUUUCAUGCAACCCUGCUGGAAGCGUCGUCAAAAUAGACCUUGGCAACUCUAGCUUACAAGAGCUAACUUCAGGUGAUAUCGUAGCUGUGAAGACAUUCAAUCGACCACUGCAUGAUGCUGGUGAGAACAGAUUUCAAAAGGAGUUCUUGAAUGAGAUAAGGGCAUUGAUAGACAUACGACAUCGAAACAUUGUUAAACUUUAUGGCUUUUGUUCCCAUGUGCAACAUUCCUUUUUGGUCUAUCAGUAUCUAGAGAGGGGUAGCUUGUCCCUAAUCUUGGGCAAUGAAGAUACUGCUAAAGUAUUGGGCUGGAGUAAGAGAUUGAAUAUUGUUAAAGGUGUAGCAUAUGCCUUGUCUUACAUGCACCACGAUUGCUCCCCUCUGAUUAUUCAUCAUGACAUAACAAGUAGCAACAUCUUGCUGGAUUCUCAAUUUGAGGCUCAUGUUUCAGACUUUGGGACUGCUAAGCUUUUGGAGCUAGACUCAUCCAAUUGGACUUCCCUUGCAGGCACUUAUGGAUAUAUUGCACCAGUUUAUAAAUUAUUUCAUUGUCCUAUCAAAGAAAAGCAAGCAUAUGUGUUGAUUUUUUUCCAUCUUUCCUCGAUUUAUUUUCUUUGCAGAGCUUGCUUAUACAAUGAAGGUAACCGAGAAAUGUGA